UCGCGGGAGGGAUUUUGAAGCACUCGCUAACGAUGCCUUGCUUCGUUAUAUAUAAAUAAACACAGAUUUUUUUUUUCAACAAUCAUGUUCCGUCGAAGCUGUUGAAACGGUUCGCUUCAUGUCUACCCUUUCUUCCUUUCGUAUUUGAGUCUUUGCUGUGGAAGAUUAAUGAGCGCUUCCAUGCCGGCUUUAUGUAGGUCGCGGAAUAUUGCACACUGACUCUUCGGAUACACUGCAGGCUUUUGGCAAAGCCUCGACAUGUACGCUGGACGUAAAAGGAGAAAACCUGUGCAGAGAACGGUAAAACAGCCCCCAGCAGAAGGGGUAAAAUCAAACCCGUCGAAACGUCAUCGGGAUCGGUUAAAUUCAGAGCUCGACCGCUUGGCCAGUCUGCUGCCAUUCCCAGAGGAAGUCACAUCCAGCUUGGACAAGUUGUCUAUCCUACGCCUGAGUGUCAGCUACCUGCGAGCCAAGAAUUUUUUCACUGUUGCCCUGAAGAAGCGCCCUGACGGAGCGGAGACAGACAGCCCCACUGCCUGUGACAGCAGCAGAGGCAUGGGGUCUGGGGGCUGCUGGGUGCCCGAGGGCGAGCUCCUGUUGCAGGCCCUGAAUGGUUUUGUGCUGGUCAUCACUGCAGAAGGCGUCAUAUUCUACUCCUCCCACACCAUUCAGGAUUACCUGGGAUUCCAUCAGACAGAUGUGAUGCACCUGAGUGUGUUUGAGCUGAUCCACACAGAGGACCAGCAGGAGUUCAGGAGAAACCUCCACUGGGCUCUGAACCCCCCCUCAACAUGUGGGCCUGAGGAAUCUCCCCCAGGUGGAGAAUUGAUCACCCGCUCAUCCCUGGUCAACUACAAACCUGACCAGCUGCCUCCAGAGAACUCUUCUUUCCUGGAGAGGAGCUUUGUCUGUCGUUUUCGGUGUCUCUUGGACAACUCCUCUGGUUUCCUGGCGCUGAACCUGCAGGGCAGGCUGAAAUUCCUGCAUGGUCAGAACGGGUGGCAGGAUGAUGGGAAGCAGCCCCCCCCCCAGCUGGCCCUGUUUGCCAUCGCCACACCCCUGCAGCCCCCCUCCAUCCUGGAGAUCAGGACCAAAAACAUGAUCUUCAGAACCAAGCAUAAACUGGACUUCACCCCUAUGGCCUGCGAUGCCAAGGGCAAGCUUGUGCUGGGCUACACUGAGGCUGAGCUCCGGGUUCGAGGUUCUGGGUACCAGUUCAUCCAUGCUGCCGACAUGCUUUACUGUGCUGAGAACCACAUCAGGAUGAUCAAAACGGGUGAGAGUGGACUGACAGUGUUCAGACUGCUCACCAAGGCAAACCGCUGGAAGUGGGUCCAGGCUAACGCUCGGCUCGUCUACAGGAACGGCAGGCCAGAUUAUAUCAUUGCCACCCAGAGGCCACUCACGGAGGAGGAGGGGGGAGAGCAUCUGCAGAGCCGCUCCAUGCAGCACCCCUUCACCUUUGCCACGGGGGAGGCCUUGCUGUACCAGACCAGCCACCCCAUCCCAUGCAGCAGUGACCCCCUGCAGGGAGCAGGCCACAGCAGCAAGCCCAAAAAGGGUAAGGCUGAAAAGAGCCUCAAGGAUGAUCUGGACCCCAGCUCCUUACUGGGGGCCUUAAUGAGACAGGAUGGAUCUGUCUACGUCUGUCAGCCUGCCGUGGUGUCUAAGCUGCCCAUCCACUCCAGCCUGUUCAGUGAGCACAGUGAGAGUGAGGGGAUCUCCUUGCCUUCAGCUGGGGAGAGCUGGAGUGCAGUACCCAAAAGCGUCACAGAUCCCCAUGGGGAGCAGGCCAGCUUUGACCCACUCCUGACUACGCUAGACUCCCUGUCUCUGGAAGGGGAAGAUAACUGCUCCAGCAGUGAACUGUUCAGUGCCCUGGAAACCCUGGGGCUGAGUGCAGAGGACCUGGAACUGCUGCUCCUGGAUGAGAGGAUGAUCCAGGUGGAGAUGGAUCCAGACUACAUCCCAUCCCUCAGUGAUCUGCUGACCAAUAAUGAAAUCCUCACCUACAUCCAUGACUCUCUAGAGAGCAGGACUGAGGGGGGCAGUGAUAGAGCAGGGUCCUGCCCCCCUUUCCCUUUCCCUCGGUCUCAGGGCACAGAGGAACCAGCACAGAAUAGCUCCACUCCCCCCCCCCAGGCCUUAGCCACUCAGUACCCCCCCUACAGGCCACACAAGCAGGCCCCCAUUGUGGAGCUUUCCCAGCAGAUGCAGCAGCACCUGAGUGCACAGGUGACUGAGGUGAAGGACGACACCUGGAGCCAGCAGGUCGAACCGCAGGUACUCCAGCUCCAGCACAGUUCACUGCUUAUCCGCCCCCUGACUCAACCGAUGGAAAAUGGACUCCAGUUCUGUGGACAGCCCCUCCACAACGGCCACUGGGGUGGCCAGAAUGUGCAGAUGAGUGUGGAGCUUCCAGAAGGCCUGUCACCUGUCACAGCCUGUCAGCCAGAGGCAGACCUGCAGCAGCCAGAGGCAGACCUGCAGCAGCCAGAGGCAGACCUGCAGCAGCCAGAGGCAGACCUGCAGCAGCGUCUCGCUCGGUGUCUGUGCCAGAGGGCCAGCAGCAGCGCUACCGCCAGCAGUGGGGCAUUCCAUCCCGUCAGCCAGCCAGUCAGAGACGCCCCUCAAUGGCAGGGCUGCGGCUGUGCUGAGCAGGUAUCGCUGGCCGUGGAAGCUGAGCCCUGCCCUGCCCGCCUGCAGACUGUGGAUUACUGUGUGACUGAAGCCCCCAGCGUGGCUCUUCUAAUAAAUGGUGCAACACCAAGUGACAGUGGCGGGUUUCAGGGGACGGUGGCCACAGUGUCAUGCUAUCAAAUGCUUCCUCCAAAAUCACAGCAUCAAACCAACAGGACCCAGCUAUCCUCCUCCAUCCAGGACACCUCCUUGCAGCAUAUUCUGGGAAUAGUACCACCCCAGCAACGGCCUCCUUGGAGUCUCAUGGAAUAUUCUCCACCACACUUCCAGCAGAUGCCAUUCACAGUAAGAUGGAGAAAGGCUUCGUCCUCAGCAGCACCGGUGAGGCCUGCAUACCCAGCGAUGGCCCCCACCCCUCCCUCCACACCCCCACCUCCCUGCCAGACCCAGAGAGCUCUGGCUUCUACCUCUGAGUGGGAGGAGGGAGGGAACCCUGAUUGCUGAAAGAUGGACACUUUGUAAGAAAGAAAGAAACGGACACACAACAGAACCGCACUGCUACGUUUAUUUGCUCCUUCAUAUGUACUGUUGUCCUUUGUGUUCUUGUACUUUGAAUGAUUUUAGGAAGAAUGUGUCUCUGACACAGAAAGCUAUAUAGACCUUCACUGGCACACAUUUCUAUUUGAUUUUUAGUCGUCUCCCUCUCUCUCUCUCUCUUUCCCCAAAAUAUGUCAUGUCUCAUCUUUUACAUUCAUGAAGAGUAUGUUGGAUAACAAAAUGAAACCACCACUUACCAUGUUUAAUGCACUGGGUUUGCGUUAUGAGAGGAACUCAGAAGAGAUUUGAUAUUAAUGCAGUCAUGCAAAAUGAACUGCCUCCAACAGAUGCUUUGCCUUCAACAGGGCAAUGUGCUGGAAAUGACUAGACAUAUUUUACCCUCAAAUAGAGAAUCUAUCUGCUAAACAAUUACAGUAAAUAAGACAGCAAUUUUAGAAUUAUA